CGGCGGCCAGACUUCCCUGGGAAGGGGCGAGCGACAGCCAGGCCGGGCUGGGCUUCGGGGCCGGGGAGCGCGGGGCCGGGGAGCGCGGAGCCGGGCACCUCCGCACCGGGCAGCGACAGAGGAGCCCGGCCGCCCACCCCGUGCCGCCCGAGCCCACGACCGCCGGCUGGCUCCUCUGGGAUGUCCGAGGGACCCAGGCACCCAGGACAGUAACCGAGCGAGCCCGAGGAUGGGACGGCACCCGCAGCUCUGUCUCGUCAAGGCCCUUCUCCUCCUGGGGCUGAACCCCGUGUCUGCCUCCCUCCAGGACCAGCACUGCGAGAGCCUGUCUCUGGCCAGCAACAUCUCAGGACUGCAGUGCAACGCGUCCGUGGACCUCAUUGGCACCUGCUGGCCCCGGAGUCCCGCAGGGCAGCUGGUGGUUCGGCCCUGUCCCGCCUUUUUCUAUGGUGUCCGCUACAACACCACAAACAACGGCUACCGGGAGUGCCUGGCCAACGGCAGCUGGGCUGCCCGCGUGAACUACUCUGAGUGCCAGGAGAUCCUCAAUGUGGAGAAAAAGAGCAAGGUGCACUACCAUGUUGCUGUCAUCGUCAACUACCUGGGCCACUGCAUCUCCCUGCUGGCCCUCCUGGUGGCCUUUGUCCUCUUUCUGCGGCUCAGAAGCAUCCGGUGCCUGCGGAACAUCAUCCACUGGAACCUCAUCUCAGCCUUCAUCCUGCGCAACGCCACCUGGUUCGUGGUGCAGCUCACCAUGAGCCCCAAGGUCCACCAGAGCAAUGUGGGCUGGUGCAGGCUGGUGACAGCCGCCUACAACUAUUUCCACGUGACCACCUUCUUCUGGAUGUUCGGUGAGGGCUGCUACCUGCACACGGCCAUCGUGCUCACCUACUCCACCGACCGGCUGCGCAAGUGGAUGUUCAUCUGCAUCGGCUGGGGUGUGCCUUUCCCCAUCAUUGUGGCCUGGGCCAUUGGGAAGCUGUACUAUGACAAUGAGAAGUGCUGGUUCGGCAAGCGGCCUGGGGUGUACACCGACUACAUCUACCAGGGGCCCAUGAUCCUGGUCCUGCUGAUCAAUUUCAUCUUCCUUUUCAACAUCGUCCGCAUCCUCAUGACCAAGCUCCGGGCGUCCACCACCUCUGAGACCAUUCAGUACAGGAAGGCAGUGAAGGCCACUCUGGUGCUGCUCCCACUCCUCGGCAUCACGUACAUGCUGUUCUUCGUAAACCCCGGGGAGGAUGAAGUCUCCCGGGUCGUCUUCAUCUACUUCAACUCCUUCCUGGAAUCCUUCCAGGGCUUCUUCGUGUCUGUGUUCUACUGUUUCCUCAACAGUGAGGUCCGCUCUGCCAUCCGAAAAAGGUGGCACCGGUGGCAGGACAAGCACUCGAUCCGCGCCCGGGUGGCCCGCGCCAUGUCCAUCCCCACGUCCCCCACCCGUGUCAGCUUUCACAGCAUCAAGCAGUCCACAGCAGUCUGAGCUGCAGGGCCGUGGAGCUGCCCCCUGAGAGCUGUGGCUGGGGGGUGACAGCCAGGCUCACUGACCACCUGUCUGUGGAGGCGACCUGCUCCUUCCCACGCCCUCCCCGCCAGGAGCAUCUGGCACGAGAGCCUGGGGGGGCCGCGCUCCACCCUCCGCCGAGCAGGAGUUCCAGAUCGUGGGAACAGCGGAGCCUGAGCC